GUAAAGCGAUCAUGGGUUCCUCUUCUAGAAAUCUGUAUGCAGGAAUAGGUGAAGGGCAAUCAACCACACGGCCACCUCUUUUUGAUGGAACCAAUUAUACAUAUUGGAAAGAACGAAUGAUCAUCUAUAUUCAUUCCAAAAACUUCCAAUUAUGGUUGGUUAUCAAAAACGGGGAAGAGGUGCCGAUGAAGAAAGUCGGAGACAAGUUGAUCCCCAAGGCCGAAGAUGAUUUUGAUGUUGAGGACAUCAAAAAGGUCGAGAAUUAUGCAAAGGCAAUAAACAUGCUUUAUUGUGCUGUAAACCCUGAUGACUACCACAAAAUCUCCUGCUGCUCAACCGCCAAGGAGAUGUGGGAUAAACUUGAAGUGACGUACGAAGGAACGGACCAAGUACGUGAAGCCAAGAUCGACUUCCUCACCCAAGAGUAUGAGAUGUUUAGGAUGAAGGAGCACGAGAAGAUUGAGGACAUGUUCGACCGAUUUUCCAAGAUAGUCAACGAUCUCCAUGCAUUGAAGAAGACGUACACCGACAGAGAUCUUGUACGAAAGAUCCUACGGAGCUUGACAUCCGAAUGGCAAUCCAAGGCCGAUGCCAUCUAUGAGUCAAUCAGCACGUCAAAUGUCACCAUCGACGGUUUAAGAGGUAAUUUAAAAACUUAUGAAUCUACUAUACUUAACCCGUCUUUGAAUGACCAAAGGAAAGGCAUAGCAUUAAAAGCCUUCAAAGAACCAACGAUGAAUAACUCAAGCGACGAUGAUGAAGUCAAGCUUGCCAUGAAGAAGUUUUGCAAACUUGUAAGGAAGAAAGAAAAGGUUGAGGAUGGCCAUGUGUGCUAUGGAUGUGGUGAAGCCGGGCACAUCAAGAACAAAUGCCCAAGAAGCGGAAGGAAUGCUUGUCACUUCAAAAAGCAAAGAGCAUACAUCUCUUGGGGUGGCGACUCCGGUGAUGAGUCAAACGAGCAAGAGGAAGACGAAGAACCAAAUCUUUGCUCAUAGCCCAAGAAGAGGAUGAAGCCGCCAACCUCUGUCUCAUGGCACACGAAAAACCAAACCGACGAUGUUCAAGAGGUAUGUACCAUUUCUUCCGACUCUUACACCUUUGAAGAAAUGCAAGAAGCACUUCAUGAACUUUAUGAUGAAUUUGUUAGCGCUUCCAAAACCAACAAAUCGUUAAAGAAACGCCUCUCCACUCUUGAAAAUGACUUUGAAAAGCUGGAAAAAGAUAAUGAGAAGUUAAAACAAGAAAAUAAAUUUUAUGGCAAAAG